AUGGGCCUGCUGAGCGCCGCGGCGCGCGUGCUGCUGCGGGGCGCCGACCGCGGGAGCCGCUGGACCAGCAAGCGCGGCCCGCGCUCCCACUACAAGGGCCGCGGCGCCAAGGGAACGGGCGUGCGCGGCCGCGACGGCCGCUUCGUGCUGGUGCCGGCCAUGGUGCCCGAGCUGGUGGUGCCCGAGCUGGCCGGCUGCCGGCUGCGGCCCUACGUGAGCUACCGCGCGCCGGCGGGCGAGGACGCGCCCCUGACGGCCGAGCGGCUCUUCCAGCAGGCGGCGGCGCCCGCCAUCGAGAGGGACCUCCGGGACGGCGCGUUCGACCCCGAGCGCCUGGACAAGUACGGCUUCGAGCCCAGCCAGGACGGCAAGCUCUUCCAGCUGUACCCCAAGAACUUCCCGCGCUAGGGCCGGGCCCGCCACGCGGCCGCCGCCGCCCCCGGGCCGAAGACCCCGGACCCCGACCUCCG